AUGAUGCUCAUAACAUCCGCCAUUCUUGUUACCCUCGUGGGCUCCAGCGUCCCAGUCGAGAACAUAACCAGCUUGGCAACGCUCGAUGCCAACCCCAACUUCAACACCACGGCAACCGCAGUUCCUACGAACGGAUCACCUAUCCUCGUAUCCUGCGACAAAUAUAUAGCCAAGGAAAAGGGAUAUAAGUUCUUCAAAGAUUGUUCUUCGUUCACUCGCAAGGUCCUCAAUUCCUCCGAGGAGAGCUUCGACUAUCUGCUGAAGGCGGGCGCCUGCGAGUGGUGGCAAGAAGGUUCAUGCGUGGCCAGGUUUUGUGCACCAGACCUCAUACCGUGGCAGCUCGACAUGCCGCUGGUGUACAACGCCGUCGCGAGCAUGCGGAGCAGGUGCCUUUUCUGGGGCGUCUCGACGGACGAGUACAGGGAGGGCGUGGCCUUUUACGACGUCUGUGCCGGCACCUCCAGCCCCUGCCGUGCUGCCAAUGUCACGGUGACGUUUUUAGGCUGA